UAACCUCGAGCAGAAGUAAAAAUAUUUUUCCAUUUUAAGUCACUGGGCCUUUAAUUUUCAUUUAGAAUCGGUAGAUAUAUCAAGUCAAAGUCUUAAUGAACCAUUAUGCUUCAUAUUAUUGUUGUUUUGAAAGUCUUGUGAUAUUUUCAGAUUUUGAUCAUAUGAUUAUUAGAUACAUAGGCAUUGAUAUUCGGAUGCACUAAUUCGGAUAUAUGGAACUAAAUAUCUAUGUUUUAGUACUUUCAUACACUAUUUUAAAUGACAUGCUAUGUAAUAAACUCGGUGGUGAGAGUGGGGGAUGAGGUGUGGUGUUAAGUUUUCAUAAAACCAGCUACAACCCAUCAUCUGUACAACGUACACAAGAAAAGCUGUUUAGCAAUAAAAUGAGUUUACGGUCAAAAGUAAAGACUAAGUUGCAACAGCAUAAAGAUGAGAAAGGAGUAUUUCAUUUAAGAAGAUUACAGACACAGUUAAGUGAUGAGUUCUUUGAUGUUAAUGAUGAUGAAGACAUUCUGUCUGUGAGUGGAAUCAACCCAAAGACUGCCAACACAGGCACCAGAAGUGAAAAAGAGUCCAGGAAAAGCUCCACAUUUGUGAUAAAAGUGGAGAAGGAAAUCUUUGAAGAACAUCUGGCACAACUUCAGGAACAGUUGGUCUCGGCCAUGAUUGAAAAUAAAGCUAUGGCUGAUGAGCUGACCAAGUACAAGAAAGCAAAUGUUGUGGAAACACUCUGGGAGGAGUUAUCAGCCCUUCAAAAGAGAAACCGGGAACUAGAAGCUGCUCUCAACACAAGAGGGCAGAGUUCGGCAGACAGGUCUGUUAGUAGAAGACGUCCAGACAUACCGACUGUUGAUUUCAAUGAAAAUGUUGACAAUGAUACAGUAGAUACUAGGCAGACAAGUGGCAGACUACAGAGGGUACGGGAUUGGAUGGUGGACUGGUUGUAUACAUCACUGGAAGAGUUCUCAGACCUCACACAACCAGUGGAGUUAAAACCUCAACCAACACAGCCUCUCAACCUCAAAAUUUUAAAGGCUAAUGUUGGAAGAUUUCAGCUGGCUAUUAAACCAUAUGUGGACACAGUGAGGGGCAUUCAGAAUCUGAUGCUGUGGAACUCAAAGUCAUACACCUUCCUUGUGCUUUGUUUGCUUCUUUUUGUUUGUCGGAGUGGCUGGCUUAUUCCUUUGAUGUUAUUCCUGGCAGCUUUGAAAAUGAUUGUAAACUACCUGAAUUUCAGGGGCUAUCCAUGGUAUUUCUCCUAUUUCCCAGUGGAUGAAGAAGACAAGGAAGAUGCUGAUACAUUGGGCCUCUCAGAAAAAAUCAACAUUGUUAUCAUGGUUGCAACAAAGGUGCAGAAUGGUCUUGCGACAGCAGCUGAUGGCCUUGAAAAGAUUCAGAAUUUGUUGACCUGGAGGCACAAAAAUGGAGCAAAAAGGGUGUUCAAGAUGCUUUGUAUGGGCUUUGUUUUCUCUAUUCUAUUGCCUACACCAGUGCUGUGGAAGUUAAUUGGUAUCACUAUGGUGAUUAAGAUGUUUGUUGUGAAGAAAAUCUACAGCAUGUUUCCACGCUUCCAACAAAGGUUCGACUCGACCCAUAGACUAUGGCUUGAGCUUCCUACCAAUGCUCAGUACAGCCGAAUACAUUCAAGGGCGGAGAUGGAUAAGUUUAUUUCUGUGAGUCCUAAUGCAAGAGGGGAGCUGGAGACGUCCAUAGUGAAUGCAGAGUCAGACGCAGAGUUCCAUGCGUCUGAUGACUUCACGGAUGAUCAGGACCGCUUUAGGGAGCUCUUCUCACUGCCAGUCUCCGAACAACCCCUCAAAGGAUGGGAAAAUGGAAAGAGAGCAGUUUUAAUCAGCAAAAAUCGCUCCCUUGUCUCAACACUUGCAAAGAAGCGUGGAAAACUCUUCCUCACAAAAUCAUUCCUGUGUUUUGAAAGGGACCAUUCUCCAUCUGUCCGAAACAUUGUGGUUCCUAUCAGAGAUGUUGUACAAAUCACCAAAAUUAAAGUCAAUGAGCGUUUGCCCGGUAAAGGCAUGUCAAUACAGUUAGACAUCUGUACUGAUGGUACAAGUAGUGUGUUACGGUUUGGCGGUAUUUUAAGACGUGAAGACAUGGUCAAGGACAUAGAACAUUGUAUACAGUCUGCCAAACAGAAUGAGGCACAGUCUGGGGAUAGAGUGAGCCGAAAAACAUCUGAUUGGUCUUCAACUGAUCAUGUGACCAACUUCACGUUUGGUGCUUAUUAUGAAGAUUCUGAGUGAUAAUACUCAAAUACAUGCCUGUCUAUCAUAAUACUCAAAUACAUGCCUGUCUAUCAUGUGAGUAAGUCCAAGUGGAUUACAGUUUUCUUCAGAUGAUAACUUGUUCAAAGGUUACGCAUGAUUUAGUUUGUUGUUGCUGUUGUUGUUUUUAGCUCACCUGAGCAUAACGUGCUCAUGGUGAGCUUUUGUGAUCGCUUUUUGUACGUUGUGCGUUGUCCGUUGUGCGGUGUCAACAUUUGCCUUGUUAACUCUCUAGAGGCCACAUUUAUUGGCUAUAUAUGGCUAUAGUAAAAUCUUGUUAACACUCUAGAGGCCACAUUUAUAGUCUGUUCUUUAUAAAACUUGGUCAGAAGAUUCAUCCCAAUAAUAUCUUGGACGAGUUCGAAAAUGAUGCCGGUUUGUUGAAAAACAUGGCCGCAAGGGAGCGGGGCAGUUUUCCUUAUAUGGCUAUAGUAAAACCUUGUUAACACUCUAGAGGUCACAUAUAUUGUGCUAUCUUCAUGAAACUUGGUCAGAAGAUUCAUCCCAAUAAUAUCUUGAACGAGUUUGAAAAUGAUGCUGGUUGGUUAAAAAACAUGGCCGCCAGGGGGCGGGGCAUUUUUCCUUAUAUGGCUAUAGUAAAACCUUAACACUCUAGAGGCCACAUUUAUUGUCCAAUCUUGAUGAAAUAUGGUCAGAAGAUUUGUCUUAAUGAUAUCUUGGAUGAGUUGGAAAACGGUUACGUUUGCUUGAAAAACAUGGCCGCCAAGGGGCGGGGCAUUUUUCCUUAUAUGGCUAUAUAAGGCUAUAGUAAAAUCUUGUAAGCACUCUAGAGGCCACAUUUAUUGUCCGAUCUUCAUGAAACUUGGUCAGAAGAUUCAUACCAAUAAUAUCUUGGACGAGUACAAAAAUGAUGCCGGUUGGUUGAAAAAAACAUGGCCACCACGGGGCGGGGCUAUUUUCCUUAUAUGGCUAUAGUAAAACCUUGUUAACACUCUAGAGGUCACAUUUAUUUUCUGAUCAUCAUGAAACUUGGUCAGAAGAUUUGUCCCAAUGAUAUCUUGGAUGAUUUUGAAAAUGGUUUUGGUUGCUUUAAAAACAUGGCCACCAGGGGGGGGGGGGCAUUUUUCCUUAUAUGGCUUUAUAUGAAUAUAGUAAAACCUUGUUAACACUCUAGAGGCCACAUUUAUUGUCCAAUCUUCAUGAAAUUUGGUCAGAAGAUUGGUCUUAAUGAUAUCUUGGAUGAGUUUGAAAAUAAUUAUGUUUGCUUGAAAAAAAUGGCUUCCAAGGGGGGGGGG